UCGGGGGGUGUGGUCUCUCGCCGGGAGCUCGGCCCCCGCUCCGCCGCGAAGGACACGCCCCGCCCCCGGCCCGGACCCCUCGGGGGCCGCGGCCCAGCAAGGCCCAGUCCGAGCGGCCGGACCCCGGGCUCAGCCCUGGGCGGACCCCGCUGCAGUGGCCCCCCCGGUCCGCCCGGGGCGCUGUGGCUGCGGCUGGUCCGGAGGGGGCGGCGAAGCCUUGGGGAGGGGAGGGGAGAGGGGAGUGUUGGAGGCGCCGGAGCCAAGCCGGGCCGGCCGGGCGGGCGGGCGAGGAGGGGGAGGAGGAGGAGCCGGGGCGGGCUGGCGGGCGGCCGGGUGGCGGCGGCGGCAUGGCGGAGCCGAGCGGGGCCGAGACGAGGCCCCCCAUUCGGGUCACCGUCAAGACCCCCAAGGACAAGGAGGAGAUUGUGAUAUGCGAUCGAGCCUCGGUCAAGGAGUUCAAAGAGGAAAUCUCACGGAGAUUUAAGGCUCAGCAGGAUCAGCUGGUCCUGAUCUUCGCAGGCAAGAUCCUCAAGGAUGGGGACACACUGAACCAGCAUGGGAUCAAGGACGGGCUCACUGUCCAUUUGGUCAUCAAGACCCCUCAGAAGGUUCAAGAUCCAGCUACUGCUACUGCUUCUUCGCCUUCCACUCCAGACCCAGUCUCAGCACCCUCCACCACACCUGCCUCACCCGCCACUUCUGCCCAGCCCUCCACUUCUGGCAGUGCCACCUCGGAUACUGGCAGUGGAAGCCGAAGGAGCAGUGGGGGGGGUACCUCUCCAGGGACUGGGGAGGGACCUCCCAGUGCCACUGCAUCCAUACUCUCUGGCUUUGGGGGCAUCCUGGGCCUGGGCAGCCUGGGCCUGGGCUCUGCCAACUUCAUGGAGCUACAGCAGCAGAUGCAGCGGCAGCUGAUGUCCAACCCUGAGAUGCUGUCGCAGAUCAUGGAGAACCCCCUGGUCCAGGACAUGAUGUCCAACCCUGACCUGAUGCGCCACAUGAUCAUGGCCAACCCCCAGAUGCAGCAGCUGAUGGAGCGGAACCCCGAGAUCAGCCACAUGCUCAACAACCCCGAGCUCAUGAGGCAGACGAUGGAGCUUGCUCGGAAUCCAGCCAUGAUGCAGGAGAUGAUGCGGAACCAGGACCGGGCCCUAAGCAACCUGGAGAGCAUCCCUGGAGGGUAUAAUGCCCUCCGCCGCAUGUACACGGACAUCCAGGAGCCCAUGUUUAGUGCUGCCCGGGAACAGUUUGGCAACAAUCCCUUCUCUUCCCUGGCCGGGAACUCCGACAGCUCAUCCUCCCAGCCUCUGCGGACUGAGAAUCGAGAGCCCCUCCCUAACCCCUGGAGCCCCUCGCCCCCCACCUCCCAGGCCCCCGGGUCCGGUGGGGAGGGCACCGGAGGAUCGGGGACCAGCCAGGUGCACCCGACAGUCUCGAACCCCUUUGGGAUCAAUGCGGCUAGCCUGGGGUCAGGGAUGUUCAACAGCCCGGAAAUGCAGGCCCUCCUGCAGCAGAUCUCUGAGAACCCCCAGCUGAUGCAGAACGUGAUCUCAGCCCCCUACAUGCGCAGUAUGAUGCAGACGCUGGCCCAGAACCCCGACUUUGCUGCUCAGAUGAUGGUGAACGUGCCGCUCUUCGCGGGGAACCCCCAGCUGCAGGAGCAGCUCCGCCUGCAGCUCCCGGUCUUCCUGCAGCAGAUGCAGAACCCGGAGUCUCUCUCCAUCCUUACCAAUCCCCGAGCCAUGCAGGCACUGCUGCAGAUCCAGCAGGGACUGCAGACCUUGCAGACCGAGGCCCCCGGGCUGGUACCCAGCCUUGGCUCUUUUGGGUUGUCCCGGGCCCCAGCAUCCUCGGCAGGCAGCAACGCCGGCUCUGCGCCUGACGCCCCCACCUCCCUGCCAGCCCCGCCAGCCACGUCCUCUCCAGCAGGCGCCUCCAGUGCUCAGCAGCAGCUCCUACAGCACAUGAUCCAGCUUUUGGCUGCAAGUGGAAACUCACAGAAUCAGAUAGGCCUCCUGGGCUUGGUCCUGUCCCCGCUUCACAAGGCCUGUCCCCUCCAGGUGCAGACCCCAGAAGUGAGAUUUCAGCAGCAGCUGGAGCAGCUCAACUCCAUGGGCUUCAUCAAUCGUGAGGCCAACCUGCAGGCCCUGAUCGCCACAGGAGGGGACAUCAACGCAGCUAUCGAGAGACUGCUGGGCUCUCAGCUCUCCUAAUCCCUCGGCCCAUGCCUCCUGCUGCUCCCCUCCCUCCAUGCCAGCGUUUGGUUCCUCUGUCAACCCGGCCCUCUGCGGCUUGUCAUCCCUUCUGUCUUCUCCCUUGUCCUCUGCAGGCAGCAGGGUGGCUUUAGAGGCGUGGGCCCCAGCCCCAUAGCUCUGAGGAUUCCAGUGUUACUUCUGCACCUCUUGUAAACCCUUCGCUCCUGGCCCUGCUUGAACAGAGCUAUUUAAAGCGUCCUCACAGCUUUGGUGAUUGGCCCCAGCUCCUUGCUCCACCACCACGUUUUGCAACCUUCAGGCUUCUCAGUGGCCAUGCGGAGCUGAAGGAGGAACUGACGAUCUGGGUUACUGGAACAGGGUCUUCUGUCUGUACCACUAGGGUUUUCCUUGCCUUCUGUUUACUUUUGGUAACUCUUCCUUCUUUCUCUCCCCCCAUCGCCUCCCACCUCCAGCCUAACCAACGCUAGACUUCUAUACUGCGAAGCAGGGGCAGGGGCAACAGGCUGUGAUUUUCCUCCUUGCCCCCUGUUCCGGUCACUUCACCCAGCACUUUUUCUUGGGGUCUGUUGGGCCGUCCAGAGGAAGGAAGCUGCCUGCUCUCCCUGUCUGAAGGGAGAGGUGAGACAAGCCCUCUGGAGCAGGAAGUAAUAAGCCCCGGGGCCAGCCUGAUGAGAGGAGGUGGGAGGAAGAUUUUUCUGGAGGAAGGGAAUCAGGGGAACAGCCUGAGGAGAGGAUGUGAAAGUUGGAGUUGACUGUUAGGGAGUGGAAGCACUAAGAGUUCUUUUAGGCUGGAGCAUCCAGUCCCAGGGCUGGCAAAGGAGACUUAGAGAUGUUAAUGGAAUUUGAGUUGAAGACAAGGGCUCAAUGAAGCUGAACAAUAUGGCUUACAAGGGGUUAUAUUGUUUGCAUUUCCUCAAACACACAUGCUUAUAUACAUACACACACAUUUCCAUGAACCCAGGACCUGCUUGUGUCUCCAGGUAGCAGUGAUUUAAGCCCCCCUCAAAAGACAUGAAGGGGAUUGGGGUCUGUCUCAGCAGUGGCGGUGUGUGUGGGUGGGUGGGUGCAUGAAUGCCUUCAGGCACACACGUGCAUGUGAGCUGAGUGGGAGGGUGGAUUCCUUGUUGAUUUCUGCUUUAGCGUUUUCUCCCUCCAGAGAGAAGUAGGCAAAGGGGACAGUCUAGGUCAGGAAUACAUACAGCCUGGAAAGCUAGGUCCCCUGCGCCUUUAGAUGCUGGGUAACCCAAGGGUAGUGUGGGUACCCCUUCUGAGGCUGUCAAGGCUGUGACCAGCACCCUUAUUACUCCCCCCCCCCCCCCAUUGCUUUCGGGGAAUAGUAGGGGAGGAGUCUUUCCUUCUAGAACCCCUGGCCUUUGGCAUCUUAGCUCCUGCCCUAUGAGUUUUUGCUAUUUCCCUCCAGGCCAGAAAGCUCUAUUUGAGGAAGGAAAGGAGAGGGCAGGAAUGAUGAUUUUGAUCUGGAAUUGGACAUUGCUCUUGGAGCACAGAGGAGGCUCAUAUCACCUCCUCUCUCUGCUUGGAAGACCCAUUGCUGAGAAUAUGGAGGCAAGAGGAACAGAAUUUUCUCCAAGUGGGAAAGGGUCCCAAGCAAUCCAGAGAGGAUGUCCGUGUGGCUUUCCCUUCCUACCUCCCCCAACUCCCAUACUGGCCUUUGUAAAUAAAUGGUGUGGUCUUUG